AUGAUCGAUCGGGAAUGCCGUAGGCUGACCCUACCGCCACAACGCAGCCAGCAAAAACAGUUGCCCAGCCGAGAGCUUUUUGCCGAUUUCGACCCGUGGUCAAUGCACACUACAGCUACUACUAGCCAAAAGAAGCCUUUACUGGCCUAUCGCGGUCGAGAUAUCGUCAAGGAGAACAAACGACAACAGAUUUGCUAUCGGGCAAGAGCGAGUCCCGUUCGAGAGGUAUGA